AUGCAACAUGGCAUGUGUCUAUCAAAAACACAAUCCCCUUCAACUAAGGAUGAUAGGGAUCACAUGAAUAAGAUUCCAUAUGCAUCAUCAAUAGGAUCUAUCAUGUAUGCCAUGUUAUGUACUCGACCAGAUGUCUCGUAUGUUUUAAGUGCAACGAGUAUGUACCAAUCUGAUCCCGGCGAUGCUCAUUGGGUAGCUUUCGAGAAUAUCCUUAAGUACUUGAGAAAGACUAAGGACUCAUUCUUGGUAUAUGGAGGUCGGGAAGAGCUUACCGUAAUUGGAUACAUCGAUGUUAGUUUCCUGACAGAUAAGAAUGACUUUAGAUCGCAAUCUGGUUAUGUGUUUUGCUUAAAUGGUGGCGCUGUGAGCUGUAAAAGUUCAAAGCAAGAUACAAUUGUUGAUUCUACAAACAGGGCCGAGUAUAUUAUUGCCUCAAAUGCAGCAAAGGAAGUUGUUUGGAUAAGAAGUUCAUUAGAUAACUUGGCAUAG